AUGUCGCACGAGGUCCUUCGCCUCCACGUCGUCGUCCAGCGUCUCGGCGUGCCCGACACCUGCUUCGUCUGGCCCUGCCCUCUGGCCGGCAAGCCCAUCAUCUCCCAGCUGCUUGCCCAGAUAAACGACGUCGUGCCCCUCGAGAGCGGCGAGUGGGGCCUCGAAGACUACGUCGUCGAACUCGUCAGCGCCCACGACGGGACCUUUGAGUGCCUUCACUUCCAGCCGGUGCAUCAGGUUCUCAAGGACGAGGACACCGUCAUCAUCCGAUCGUUGCUGGGCGACGACCUCAAACGCAGACGGCUGAGCGGGCGCCAUCAGAUAUCCUCGGACGGCAAGCAUCUGGUGGACGGUCUGGCCUUUGGCAGGCCAUGGCUCCGGACGCCGCGCGAUCGACCCGCCGUCGAUCUCCCGCCGCGAAAACGACUGCGUACCGCGUUGGGCCACCGUGCCGACGCGGACGAUGACGUCGACGGCGAUGAGCAGCGGAUGCCCCAACUGCUUCUGGAGGCUCCGACGGACGAUGAUGAUGAAUCCUUUGCCGACGAAGAAGUAAACGACGACGACGACGAAGAAGAAGACUACGUGGGUGGGGACGACGAGGCCAUCGACGAGGAACUCGAGUUGCUACGGCAGGACAACGCCAUCGUCGGCCACGAGCACCCCACCUGGGCUCUGGAUGAAGGCCCGUCCAAGGAGGACUCGAGUGCCCCUUCAGGUUCCGCCUCCUCGGAUGACGAAAUGCCCGACAAGCGCGUGGGCGAUUCCGCAGGCGUCGAUUCCGUCUGCACAAGCCUGCUUCGCGACAGCUGCGAGCUGGACGCUCUCAUCGCCGCAUUUCCCUCGACGCCCGUUUCCGGCAUUGCCACGGAGUUCCUGCUGCAGUCCAAAAAUGUCAUCAACACGUAUCAGUCGCUAAAGCGAUCGAACAAGCCCGCGUUGGGACUGGACAAGAUCUUGGAGAUGCUCUUCAGCCCGUCUCUGCACCCUCCGCCGGCUCCGAGGCAAGAAGCUGCGUCGGCGGGAAAAGACCGUCCGCUCAUUCAGGUGGUCGAGAGCACCGAAGCAACGACCAGCUCGGGCAGCAAAACUGGUGCCGACUCGGAUGGCUCCGACAAAUUUCACGACUUUGACGAGAGCAAAGGGGACGACGACGGCGACGGUGACGACAGCUCCGACGACAGCUCCGACGACUCGGAAGAAAGCGACGACAGCUCCAGUGACGACUCGGAGGCCUCCGAAGACAGCCAGGGGGGUGGUUCUGGUAGCAGCCGGGAGGACGGCGCGAAUGGUGACGGCCUCUGUGGGAGCAAAGACGACCGAGGCACGAGCAGCAGCGACGACGGUGGCGACGACGGGGGCGACGACAGCAGCGACGCCGAGGGCGGAAACGGAGUGCCGCUCGGCCAGAGGCAGCAGCGAGGCGCCCUUCGCAUGGCGACGGAAGCGCCCAAUGCCCCGGCCGAGUCAUCGCCGUACACUGGUCUCAGCAGCACGCAGAAGCGGAACGCGCGUCGUCGACGGCUCAAGCACUGGGCCAAGCAGCAAGGCUCCGGAUGCGAGACGCCGGACUCGUUGGCGUCGGAACGGUCGCUUCAAGAGCGCAAGGAGCAGCUCUUGCGGACUCUGGCUCAGGGAGCGGAUGCGGCAGAGGAGACGCAGGAGGACCGGCAGGUGGCGACGGGGGAUGCCGCCGAGGCAGAGACCGAAGUGGCGGCCGAGGCGGUGCCGGAGCAGCGGCGUUCUCGCAUGGACGUGGGAGCCGGUCGGAGACUGCUCUUCGGCGCGCUCGGACUCCGGGCGCCGAGGACGAAGACGGACGAGGACAGGAUCAAGGAGCAUCUCAUGAAGGAUGUCCGGCCGCUCAACAACGUCAGGCUCGACGAGGAGGCGACGGAGGCGACGGAGACGUCGGGCAACGACGCGGACAUGGACGAGUGGCGAGACAAGGUUGUCUACGGCGCCGUCGAGUGCUGCCAGGACGGCAUCGUCCUCAGCGAGCCUCCCUUUCCAUUCCAGCAGCGGUGGGAUCCGCAGCAGCAGGGCAGGAGGGCGGGCAGGGGCAAGCGGAAGCGCAGCUCGCAAGCGUUUGACGAAGAAUUCUACGACGACGACUCGGCCAUCCUCGUCGAGGAUGGCGAGCAGCAGGGCCCCGGCAAGCGACGGCAGUCGGCCCCGAGCCCCUUUGGCGGCGAGCGCGAGCCCGACGAGGACGAGACGCCCGCCCUGCCGGCCGACCUGAGCGUGCUCGCCGCGCUCGAGGCGGGGGCGGCCAAGGAGGGCAUGGUGAUUACGUGGAAGCAGAUGACGCUGUCCAAGGCGACGAAUUGGCAGCCGGAGCUCACGCAGAAGACGGGCACGGUGCUCUCGGGAGGCGACGACGACGCGCUCCAGGUGCUCCUGGCCGCGCGCGACCGCGACGUGCGGGAGAGGCUGUACGACGAGGAGACGGGUCGACGCGUGUACGGCAAGUUUGAGGUGCCCGACUCGGACGGCGAGGGCGAGGACGACGGUCACAGGGUCGUGGCCUGGGCCGAGCUGGGCGACGCGAGGGUCGUGCGGGAGGCACCGGCGGCGGCCGGUGGGUGA